AUGGCCAUUCCUGGAUUAACAAGUUCUUCUUCUUCUUCUUCUUCUUCCUCUUUUCCUUCUCCCUCUUUUGUGUCAGAAGCUGGAGGAGGUGGUGGUGGAGAGAGCAAGAUGGUGAUGAUGAGGGAAUUGGACAUAAACAUGCCGGCGAGCCGCGAAGGAGAGGACGAGGACGGGGAGGAGGAGGAGGCAAAGGAGGAGGAUGGCGGGGCUCGCCGCGUCAAGAAGCUUCGCCUUUCCAAGGAGCAGACGCGCUUGCUUGAGGAGAGCUUUAGGCACCACCACAAUUUGAACCCUAAGCAAAAGGGAGCGUUAGCUGUGAAGCUGAAGCUGAGGUCGCGUCAAGUGGAAGUGUGGUUCCAAAAUCGCAGGGCAAGGACCAAGGUGAAGCAGACUGAGAUGGAGUGCGAGUACUUGAAACGGUGUUUCGGGUCGCUAACGGAGGAGAACCACCGCCUCCAGAGCGAGGUCGAGCAGCUGCGGGCGCUACGGGUGCCUCCACCGGUCGUUCUUCCACCUCACACGCGCCUCUCCCUCCCCACAUCCUCAUUUACCAUGUGCCCACACUGCGAGCACAUCAGUUCUGCUACAUCAACAUCACAUCACACAACCUGGCGGUUGCGGUACUCGCAGUCGAUCGGUUUCGGCAUUGUGCCCUAGCCAGCCAUCUGCUACAUGUUAAGGAAGCGAAGAAAUUUAGUUAAGAAAUGUUGGGUGAUGAUGGAUAUAUAUGAUGCAUGGAAUUAAAUGUUGUAAAUGAAAAGCAUGUAUCAGCUUGAUUAAAAGUUUGAUCAGUUAUUCAUA